GGGAGCCGGGCGAGGGAGACUGAGCGGGAGGCCAUCAUGAAGAAGCCACGAACAGCUGUGAGGAGUUGUCAGAGGAAGCGGGCACCUUGCCAGGAGGGAAGGGAGAAGCGUGUCCUCAGCGGCCGCCAGGUCAAGCCUUCUACCCCCAAUGGCUUGGCCGGGCGGCAGGAGGAGGUGUUGUUGCAGGCCUCUCCGUACCAUCUCUUCAGAGACCCAGCUGACGUCAGAGUCUUUCGGGAGAACCUACUGAGCUGGUACGACCGAGAGAAGCGGGACCUACCCUGGAGAAGGCGGGCAGAGGGUGAGGUGGAUCUGGACAGGCGGGCAUACGCUGUGUGGGUCUCAGAGGUCAUGCUGCAGCAGACCCAGGUUGCCACGGUGAUCGACUAUUACACCCGAUGGAUGCAGAAGUGGCCAACGCUACAGGACCUGGCCAGUGCUUCCCUGGAGGAGGUGAACCAGCUCUGGGCGGGCCUGGGCUACUACUCUCGAGGCCGGCGGCUGCAGGAGGGAGCCCGGAAGGUGGUAGAGGAGCUAGGGGGCCACAUGCCACGGACAGCAGAGACCCUGCAGCAGCUCCUGCCUGGCGUGGGGCGGUACACAGCUGGAGCCAUUGCUUCCAUUGCCUUCGGACAGGCAACCGGUGUGGUAGACGGGAAUGUAGUGCGGGUGCUGUGCCGAGUCCGAGCCAUUGGUGCGGAUCCCAGGAGCGCCCUCGUCUCCCAGCUUCUCUGGAGCUUAGCCCAGCAGCUGGUGGACCCGGCGCGGCCCGGGGACUGGAACCAAGCGGCCAUGGAGCUGGGGGCCACAUUGUGCACCCCGCAGCACCCGCGCUGCAGCCAGUGCCCUGUGCAGAGCCUGUGCCGGGCACAGCAGAGGGUGGAGCAGGAACGGCUCUUGGGCUUGCGGGGCCCGCCGGGCAGCCCCGACGUGGAGGAGUGUGAUCCCCACGCGGGGCCCUGCCGGCUGUGCGCGCCUCCCACGGAGCCCUGGGACCCGACCCGGGGAGUGACCAACUUCCCCAGAAAGGCCGGCCGCAGGCCCCCCAGGGAGGAGAGCUCUGCCACCUGUGUUCUGGAGCAGCCCGGGGCCCUCGGGGGUCCUCGGGUCCUGCUGGUGCAGAGGCCCAGUUCAGGGCUGCUGGCAGGACUGUGGCAGUUCCCGGCUGUGACCGCAGAGCCCUCGGGGCCACGGCAGCGCGAGGCCCUGCUGCGGGAGCUGCAGAGCUGGGCUGGGCCCCUCCCAGCGCCCCGCCUCCGGCACCUCGGGCAGGUGGUCCACACUUUCUCUCACAUCAAGCUGACCUAUCAAGUAUACGGUCUGGCCCUGGAAGGGCAGACCCCGGUGACCGUCGCGCCGCCUGGCGCUCGCUGGCUGACCCGCGAGGAGUUUCACACUGCAGCUGUCUCCACCGCUAUGAAAAAGGUGUUCCGUGUGUAUGAGGGCCAACAGCCAGGGACCCGCAAGGGUCCCAAAAGAUGCCCGGUGUCCACUCCAUCCAGCCGGAAAAAGCCCAGCCCGGGCCAGCAACUCCUGGAUAGUUUCUUUCGGCCUCCGGAUGCAUCCAGCCUCAACAGUACUGCCCAGUGACACCUCUGGAAGCCCCCACUUCCUGAGAAUCCGGUUUUUUAAUAAAGUGCUUAUUUUUA